CGGCCGCUCACAGGAAUCGCAUUACCACAGCCACGAAACCAUUCCCUCCGCCCACCGUUUCCUCCUCCCCGACCGCGAUGCCGCCGCCUCAUCAUCCCUUCUCUACCUCUUCCUCCACACUCCACUUUUCCUUCUCCUUCGCGAUCCGUCCAUGGCCACCAAGCACACCCCGACGCACUACGUCUUCCUCCUCGGCAUCGUUGUCCUGCUCGCUGUAUUCCUCCUUGGAGACUAUCUCUGGGCCUCCGCCUCCGCCUCCUCUUCCCGCUCCCACGCCUCCUCCUCCGUUCCCUUCUGGUCCAAAUCGCUUGCUCUCUCGCUAGGCCGCUCCAAUCCUGGGCCAAAGGAGCCAAAAACAAAUACAAAAGGUCUAAAAGUGUCAAUUAAACUUCUCAAUGCAACAUAUACUGAUAUUCCAUCACCUAAUUUGGUAUGGGAGGAGAUGCCUGAAGCACCUGUACCUCGUCUUGAUGGGGCUUCUGUACAAAUCAAAGAUCUGCUUUAUGUAUUUUCUGGAUAUGGCACCAUUGAUUAUGUGCAUUCACAUUGUGAUAUAUUCAAUUUCACAAGCAAUACCUGGUGUGGAAGGUUUGAUACACCAAAAGCAAUGGCAAAUUCACACUUGGGAAUGGCAACAGAUGGUAGAUAUAUUUAUGCUGUCACAGGGCAGACUGGCCCACAGUGUAGAGGCCCUACAAAUCGCAACUUUGUGUUGGAUACACAAACAAAAGAAUGGAAUGAAUUGCCCCCGCUACCUUUUGCUAGAUAUGCCCCAGCAACUCAAUUUUGGAGAGGCAGAUUGCAUGUUAUGGGUGGUGGCAAGGAGGAUCGCUAUGAACCUGGAUUGGAACACUGGAGCCUUGCCGUAAAAGAUGGCAAGGCAUUGGAAACGGAAUGGAGAACUGAGAUACCAAUACCACGUGGUGGUCCUCACAGGGCGUGUGUAGUUGCGAAUGAUAAACUGAUAGCUAUUGGUGGUCAAGAGGGUGACUUCCAAGCUAAGCCAGGAUCACCUAUUUUCAAAUGUUCACGGAGGCAUGAGGUGCAAUAUGCUGAUGUUUACAUGCUGGAUGAUGGAAAAGAAUGGAAGCAGCUACCUCCGAUGCCAAAACCAAAUUCCCACAUAGAGUCUUCUUGGGUACUUGUCAACAACUCGAUUCUUAUUGUUGGCGGCACAACAUUGAAGCACCCUAUCACCAAAAAGAUGAUUCUAGUUGGUGAGGUCUUCCGUUUUGAUCUACAUACCCUGAAAUGGUCAGUAAUUGGGCGCUUGCCAUUCCGCGUCAAGACUACUUUGGCUGGUUACUGGAAUGGUUGGCUGUAUUUCACAUCCGGUCAGCGGGACAGAGGGGUAGACGAUCCCUCUCCAAGGAAAGUUAUUGGGAGCGUGUAUAGAUCUAAAAUAAUCUUGUAACCACAGGAUUGUUUAGAUACCCAUAAAUUGGUCUUAAAAUAAGGUCAUUUAAUUGUAUAUUUUUUAAUUCAACCAUUUGUAUGUCCAAGUUAAAUCUUCUAGGUAUUUUCUGGCCUUUCUCUUCCUUGUGCGAAGGGGGGGAAGGGGCAAAUGCAUAUAAAUGUUUCAUUUACCAUCUCAGAAUCUCAUAAAAUGUUUCAAGUUUUGUAUCAGUAGAAGUUGUUCUAAUUUGGAAUUGCAGUGUUCAUAUGCUUGUAGUUGACUGGCACAUCCUCAUCUUUCAAAACUGAUU